GACAUCCCAAUUAUUCCUUAUUUAGUAAUAACAAUAAAAGAAUCACAAAAAAUGUUCAAAUGUGGAAAUUGUAUCGCAAAAUCCGCUCAAUUCUCAACGGCUUGUUGUUAAUGGAAGUUAUGUUGGGAGUAGUGAUUAUCGCAGUUGCAGCCAUCUAUCACAGCAAAUUGUCCUCAUUUAUGACCCAGGCUGAAAGGACAAUGAUAUCUACGAAAUUAGCUCACGCCUACAUUUUGGGAUUUCAAUUGAUUGCACUGUAUCUCGGAAGCCUAAUAAUGUGGAAAAGAAUCUGGUUGCGACGCUAUUCGCAAAGCAUACAACUGCUGCUGAAGGUUUGGCUAUUUUUCUGCAGCCUAUUGGCCAUUUGUAGCUGUGCCACCAUGUGGUCCCUACUGGAAGGUGAAAAAGUCGUAGGAGAAAGUGUUGAGAUGCUGCUGCAGCGUGGUAUAGAUGCUUAUUACACGAAUCCAGAGUGGAAAUUUCUAUGGGAUCAAUUGCAGUACAAGCAGGAAUGUUGUGGCGUCAAUGGAUAUAUGGACUGGAUGAGGGCGGCGUGGAUGCCUAGGAGUACUUCCACAACAACUUCUAUACCAAAGGAUUAUCAAUACUUUGAUUAUGAAACAGAAUUGAAUGAGGAAACUCAAUACCCACACACCAUAAUGGAGAAAAAAAGUGCAAAUAGAGCGGCUACAGAAUUGCCAAAGGCUCCCCUAGACAGAGGAAUUACCCAGGGAGAACAGAUUCUUGCUCCUUAUGCCUGUUGUAAACACCACAACCCAUCUUGCUAUCCAAAAAAUCUUCUUGAGAACAAGGAGUCGCCAAGUUUAUCUCAGUUGAAUAUUAGCGACAUAAAUACUAGGUCCUGUUUGUCACUUUUCAACGAUUAUCUAUGGUAUUUUAUGCGCAUACUGCUGUUGCUGGUCUCGAUGGGAAUCGUUACUGAUAUUUUCCUAUGUUGCCUAACCAAAUAUUACAUGAGGCAUUGUCAGGCCACAGCUUGUCAAGAUCUUAAACAUGAUAUGUCGAUGUACGAUGACGAUGGCAAUGCUGUAGUUAUAAUCAAAUGCCCACCCAAAGUGAAGUGUAUAACCCUGGAAGAAACAAAUUCGUGUGAUUCCGAUUUUCCCAAUAUUUGUACAGACUCGGAACCUUGUUACUGCUGUUAUGAUUCGAGAAGUGAUUGUGGCAGCGACCGUCUUUUAGCUGGCUGUGCUGGUGAAAAUAGCCAUAUCCAAUAACCAAAAGGUUGUUAUGUACGAACUUUAUUUUUCGAUUAUAAUAUUGUAUUUUAUUUAUUUUAAUAAGUUGUACUAUGUUGUACUAUAUAAUCAUAACUAAACGAAAAA